AUGCGACGUGCAACGUUGAUCCCACUGGCGAUCUGGGUCGCAGGUGCAGCUGCUGCUGCAGCCGCUUCCUUGCCCCAGUUCCCCUCGUGCGACAUAUCCCUAGCCAACAUCGGGCUAUCUCAGAAUUCGCAGAUUUUCUUCCCCAACGGCUCUGGCUGGGAGAGCGAGACAAUCCGUUGGACAAAGUACAUGGCUCCCACCUAUGCCGUUUCGGUCCGACCAGCCCAUGUCUCAGACGUUACACAGGUCAGGUUCGCCACCCGCUGCAAAAUUCCAUUCCUUGCCAGCUCCGGCCAGCAUGGGUUCGACACUGAACUGGCCGAGCUGCAGAACGGGAUGGAGAUUGACUUGUCAGCCUUCCGGAACGUCUCGGUCGACGCCAAGAAGAACACCCUGACCGUUGGCGGCGGAGUGCGCUUCAUGGACGUGUUCGAUCCGGUCUUCAAUGCGGGAAAGGAGAUUAGAACCAGCGAAACUGACCAUCAAGUAGGCACCGGAUCAGGAGCCUGUGUCGGCAUGAUCUCCCCCACGUUAGGCGGCGGGGUCGGACGCCUCAGCGGCACACAUGGCAUCAUCUCAGAUCAAUUACUGAGCGUCCAGAUGGUGACCGCCAACGGCAGCCUGGUGACUGUCUCCAAGAAGGAGAAUUCCAAUCUGUUUUGGGGCCUGCGGGGUGCCGGCGGCAACUUUGGCAUUGUGGUGGAGGCCGUGUAUCAGGUCACCGAUCUGACCUCGGAAAAAGUGGUCAAUCUGGACUAUGCCUUCUCCACGAAUGACACCGGGGCGAUCAUUGACUAUCUGGCUUUGUUCGGUCCGAACAUGCCCCCAAAGCUGUCGUUCAUCAUUGCAGCCCUCUAUAAUGAGAAGCUGUUCGGCGGAGUAGGUGACCCUGGUUGCGUUGAUCCAAACCGCGGGCGACAGAGCGCUAAUACUAUACCUCCCUCCCUUUUCCAGUUCGCCGUCAUCGUCAGUGGGCUUUACGCCGGCCCGCAGAGCGAGGCCGAACAGUUGCUGGCGCCGCUCCUCCAGAAUGCUACUCUGAUCAAACAAAAUAUCAGCGUGGUGCCUGAAAAUAAACUCGUCUAUGCCGCGACAUUUGGCUCGCAGGGGAACUCGACCAUCGCCUGCUCCGGAAAAGGAGUCAACCGCAGCAUCUUCGGCGGGGCCAUCAACACAUACGACAAGGCCACGUACGUCGACUUCCUCAAGGCCUUCGGAGACCUCGUGACGACCAAUACGGACCUCCGAGGCAGCGUAUUUUUCAUCGAACAUUUCAGUAAUUAUCAGGUUCAGAAGAUCCCGGACCACACUUCGGCGUACCCUUGGCGCGAUAUCACUGCACACCUCCUGUUCAAUUACGCCUGGAACGACCCCGCAAACCAGCAACUCAUGUUGUACUCGGCCAGGAAGCUGCCCCGGUUACGUGCUCUCAAGAAAGAGUGGGACCCCGAGAAUGUGUUCCGAUUCCACCAUCCCAUCUCUAUGUCCUGA